AUGGAGAGCACUGUAGGAAAUGGAGUUGGAAGUGGGAUGGGGAGUUUUGUUGAAGGGGGUGGCGCUCACUACGCCCUGCCCAGGGACGAAGACAUUGACGAAUUUCUCACCAAAGUAAACGACGUGACAGAAAAGGUGCAACACAUUUUGAGCGGAAAAAUAACUGUGGAGGAAAUGCAAAAGGAGGAACAGGAGCUGCUCCUGAAGGAGAAAAUAAAACAAAUAAGAGAAGCGGAAAAAAGGGAAGAGGAACACAGGAGGUAUAUUAUGGGUGUAGGGGGAAGCGGGACCAAGGACAGAAAUUACAAGUGCUUUUGUACACAUUGCUUGGUGGAGUUCAAAUAUAUGCUGACCACCUGCCCUAGAUGUUCAGGGGGAGUUAUAACUAAGGAACAGCGAUUGCGUGACUUGCAGGACAAGGUCAACCAGUACAAGGAAAAGAAAAAAAAAAGAGACGCCAGGAGGGCUGCUUGGAAAAAUUGGCAAAGGGGGGUAAACCAGAACAAGGAUGUAAGUGAGGAGGGAAGAGGAAAGGACAAUGAAGAGAAUGAUCCGCUGCAUAACACAUCUAUCCCUAACAGAGUUACCACCGACUAUGAAAAAUGGAAUCAUUAUGAACCCAGCUCAGACACAUUCGAUGAAGAUGAAAAAAUCCCCUACGUCCCGAAGCACAAUAAACAUUUUCACAUGUUAGAACAAAAAAUACAAAGUGAUGUUGACAAGAAGAAUGAACAAAGGAAGGUUGCUCACUCGAUGAAGCUAAGAGGAAAUGAAUUUUUUAAAAAAAGAAAAUAUAUUCAAGCUAUUGAAUGUUAUGAACAGGCACUACAAGUGUGUAAAGACUAUCUGGAAAUCCACAACAACCUUGCCUUGUGCUACCUUAAAACGUACAGAUAUGACAAGGCCAUUCAUACUUGUAAUGAGGUUAUUCAAUACUACAAUGUGUUUAAGGAAGACUUCCGGUUGAAGAAGGACACCUUGUUCAAAAGCCAUCUCAGGAAAGGGCUAGCGUGGUACAAACUCUUCAAUUUUGAAGAAGCACUGGCUAGCUUUAAAUUCGCUACAGAAAUUUACCCCGGGGAUGUAGAGGCAUCUGAGUAUGUUCAAAAGUGUGAGAGGAUGGUCAGGAGGGGGACUCAAUUGGGGACAACUCUGCUUGCGGCGAAUGGUGCUUCCCCCCCUCUGGGUACGACUAACAAUGGACAUGUGACGGACCUUUUUCAAGCACUCAGUCAGCUAGCUAAAAUGGAUCUCACCAAAGAUGGGCAAAUUUUCCUAGAGACACUCAAAGGGGUGAAGAGAUGUCUCAAGGGAAGCGAAAAGAGCAAAUUAGCAUUCUACUCAAAUGUGUACUCGAUAAAUGAUGGUACAGGAGGUGCUUGUUGUGGUGGUGGGAUAGCUAACCGCAAGGGAAAGACCACCUUUCUCGCAUUUUGUGCAGACAAACUUGAGCAGAUACUUUUUUGCGUGAAGAAAGGACAAACCAUGGAAACCGCCCCACUACAAAAAAAACAGCAAAAAAUAAAACGAGAAAAACUUCCCAAGUACACCUCCCUCAUUACCAUCGCCCUCAUCGACUUGAUCACCUUCAUCCUGGACGACGAACACCACUGUGCAGACUUUUGUCUGAAUGCGGUGAACCCAGUCAUCACGCUCUACCAGUUAAACAAAAUUAACAAAGGGAAAGCUAUGCACCUGCUCAACUCCAUGGGAAGGAACACACAAGGGAGGAAGUUGUUACAUGAGCGGGUCAUACAGGGGGAAGAUCAUAGCCUGUUGGGCAAGCUCCUCACUCGAAUUGGUCACCUGAUCGAUGAGGACAGAAGCGUUUACUCGGAAGAGCAGCGCACAAGAUUGAUAUACCUAACAGAGUGCAUCAUCACACUGGAGAGCGUGCGCAGGUAUGCAGUGCAUCUUCAUGAGGUUACUCACCAGAGGGAGAAGACAAAUGAGGGGACUUCCACCACUAGGUGUACACAGAAAAGCAAAACAAACGGAACAAGUGACACACCGAAGGAAGGAGACCCAUGGAAAGAGCUCCAAAAACGAACAGCCAAAAUGUACAAACAUAAAUUCGAGCUAGCUAAUUUAUUUGGAAUCAUUUCACAUCUAACUCUGAACAAAGACGCUAGAGAUGUUAUAGAAAAAAAAUUCAUCAAGCAUAUACUUAACAUAAUAAUUUACGUCAACGAGCUUUUUUAUUCCAGCCAAGGACUGAACUGUAACUGCUUGUCUCUUCUGGUUAACCUCGUAGGGAACACAAACGUAAGGACCAUCAUCAUGAGUGCCUGCUGGCCGCAUAUGAUGCACUUCGUCGAGAAGGCAGCCUCAGGGGAGAACCUCCUCGAAAACGUUUUGUCUCUCCUCUUGAAUUUAACCUCCACAUGGAAGGAGCAAAUGAGUAAAGCAGAUGGAGCGAAGACUCUAAUUAGGGAAGGAAGCCUGUGGCGAAUGAUCUCCUGCAUGGGGUCAGCCAACAUGAGGGUAGCAGAGCUCUCCUGCUUAAUACUUAGUCGAUUGUAUACAUAUGCCUACUGUGGAGUGGUGCACAUAGAGGGAGAAAAGUCGGCAGAUCCCGCCCCCAAGAGGAAAGAAGAAAAGGUGUGUGAAAGUGAUCUCUUUGUGUCUGCCCCUCAAGAGGAUACAUCUAACGAGAAUCAAAACGCCCACUUGGUAUAUUCACUAAAAAAAAAAAUUGAAAAAGAGAAUGAUCAGCAGAUUCACCUCGAUGAAUAUUCCUUCAACUCGAUAAAGAAGUUCAUUUUGUGUGAGUUGGAAUCUCCACGUGGAAGUGGCUUAACAAUUGCCUGCGUCAACCUACUUUGCUCCUUAGCUACGUACACAGAUUUCUUGUUGAAGCUACUCUACGAGGAAGAAGAGAGUAAGUUAGGGAGACUGACCAAUCGACUUGUCUCCCUCUUCGUACAAAACAAAAGUAAAGUCGAGAAGGACAACUCCACAUCCAUCAUGGUAAAGAACGUUGCAUCGCUUUUCACACAAGUGAUAAAAAUUCUCACCGUGAGGAAAGACACCAACUGGGGAAAUGCCUCCGUAGUCAGCUCAAUAAAGAAACUCAUUCCACAUGCAGCCGAGUUGGUGAAUAAUGGCAUACACAACGAUGGCACGAGUAAAGGAAUAAGUUUCUUCCUCUCGUAUUGCUUCAUCAAUGCGCAUUUGAAGUCGGAGGUGCUUGCUUCCUUCCACAACGAUGUGGAGAGAGUAUGUGCGGUGCUUCGCUGUGGGGGUGGCUGA